CUUGAGGGAGGACGCAGAAAGGAGAGAAGGGGACAGAUAGACGGAGGCGCGUUUAGAGCGCUUGGAAAAAUAAGGAUCAAGCUGAUACACUUCACCGAGGCAUGAGAUUUGCGUGAGCCAGCAUCUUCAGGAGGAUUCCGUUCAAGUGCCCCCUUUUGUUCUGAAAGAAGUUUAAUAAAGAAGUGGCUUGUGACAUAACGAUUACAAUGGGCUCCAAAAGGCAUCGUUCAAAGAUUUCAGCGUCUUCACACAACCCGAAAUGCUCUCCAAUGGGACUUUCACUCUUGAUUCUUCUACCUUUGUCUGUUGCCUUCAACUUGGAUGUGGAGAACCCAUCGGUGUAUAACGGACCCAACGGUAGUUACUUCGGGUACUCGGUGGACUUUUAUAUGACUGGGUCAAGUGUGAGUAUUAUAGUUGGAGCACCCAAAGCCAACACCAGUCAGCCCAACAUCAGAGAAGGAGGAUCAGUCUUCUACUGUCCGUGGAGCCUCAGCCAAUCACAAUGCAGCAGCAUAGAGUUCGAUAGACAGGGAGAUCUUAACGUGACUGUAAAUGGAACAACUGUGCAUCAAGGAGAGUUCAAAUCCCAUCAGUGGUUUGGAGCAACAGUACGAGUGCAUGAAGAUAGUGUGCUGGCUUGUGCCCCCCUUUACUCAUGGAGAACCAUGGCGGACAUACCUGGUGCUGAUACUACUGGCUCAUGUUUUCUGGCCGUCGAAAACUUCACCAAGUUUGUGGAAUACGCUCCGUGUCGCACAGAAUUUCAUGGAAGAAAAGGACAAGGCUACUGUCAAGGGGGAUUCAGUGCUGAUUUUACUCAGGAAGGAAAGGUGGUGCUUGGAGGACCUGGCAGUUACUUCUGGCAAGGCCAAUUGAUCACCGCAGUUAAACAAGAAAUCGUCAAGGCCUAUUACCCUGGAUACUUCUUGACAUCAGUGCAUGGACAGAUUCAGACCAAACAGAUAAAAGAGAUCUCAUUUGAUGACAACUACAUGGGUUAUUCAUUGGCUGUCGGCGAGUUCAGUGGUGAUGAUUAUGAAGACUUUGUGACUGGAGUUCCCAGGGGAGUCAGACUCCAUGGACAGGUUUCCAUUCUCAAUGGCUCUCUGGAGUUACUGAAGACUUUUACUGGAGAGCAGAUGGGUUCCUACUAUGGCUACUCGGUGGCUGUUACUGACAUCAACAAUGACGGAAUGACAGACCUGCUGGUUGGCGCUCCCAUGUUCAUGGUUCGUGACUCUGAUGGGAGGUUAGAGGAGUUGGGUCGGGUCUACGUAUACUUGCAGAAUGGACCUCUGGAUCUCACACCUCAGCUACCUCACCUCACCGGCACACAGACGUUCGGCCGGUUUGGCAGCUCCAUUACCCCUCUUGGAGAUCUCAACCAAGAUGGUUACAAUGAUGUGGCCAUCAGCUGUCCGUUUGGUGGGGAAAAUAAACAAGGAUUGGUGCUCAUCUAUAACGGACAUGCUGGAGGACUCAGGGAAAAGCCCUCUCAGGUGAUCACUGGCCAAUGGGCUUCUGCCACACCGUCAGCUCUACCUGCGAGUUUUGGUUACGCCCUUCGUGGAGGCAAAGACCUGGAUAACAAUGGCUACCCUGAUCUCAUUGUUGGUGCAUUUGGUCAGGACACAGCCUUUCUUUACCGGUCUCGUCCUAUUGUGAACACCAGUGCCACCUUGACUGUCUACCCAACUAUGAUUAAUCCUGAGGAGAAAGUUUGCCCCAUAAGCCGUGGGAACGAGACCCUCUAUGUGUCCUGUGUCAACCUGAGCUUUUGCCUAACAGCCAAUGGGAAGCACCUACCAAAUGAUCUCGAGUUUAACAUUGAAGUUCAGCUGGACCGCUUGAAGCAGCAGCAGAAGGGGGCCGUACGGAGAGCUCUGUUUUUAGACACCCAUCUUCCCGCUCAGAAGAGGACUAUGACUGUGCCAAACGGAGGCAGGAUCUGCAGCGACACUAAGAUCUACUUGCGGGAUGAGAAGGACUUCAGGGAUAAGUUGUCUCCCAUCUUCGUUGCGCUGAACUUCAGCCUGAACCCUCAAUCCGCGGCAGACAGACACGGCCUGCGGCCCAUCCUCAACUACCAGACGGCGGAGCUCAUCGAACAGAAAACCCAGAUUUUAUUGGACUGUGGAGAGGACAACAUUUGCGUCCCUGACCUGAAACUCUCCGUGCACGGGGACAGGAAGGAAGUGUACAUGGGCGAUGACAACUCUCUGACCCUGACUUUCAACGCGAAGAACGACGGAGGCGGAGCUUAUGAAGCCGAGCUGUAUGUGGUCUUGCCACCAGAGGCCGACUACAGCGGAAUAGCCCGCAAUAAUGAGAGUCUGACCCAGCUGACCUGCAGCUAUGAGACGGAAAAUCAGACCCGUUACCUCAGCUGUGACCUGGGGAACCCCAUGAAAUCAGGAACAAGCCUUUGGGCCGGACUACGAUUCACUGUACCACGUCUCAAGGACACACACAAAUUUGUGCAGUUUGACCUACAGAUCCGAAGUAAGAAUGAGAAUAACUCCCAGAGUGAAGUCGUCCCCUACAAGUUGGAGGUGGUGGUCCAGUCUGAUGUUAUUCUGCAGGGCGUUUCCAGACCAGACAAGGUCUUCUUUCCCCCACCAAACUGGAAGUUUACCAAGAAUGUAAUGGUUGAACAGGAUGUCGGACCCUCCGUACAGCACACUUACGAGUUGGUGAACAACGGGCCGAGCCGCAUCAGUCACACUCUACUUCAGCUCAGAUGCCCCAUGAGACUUCAAAGUAACAGGUUCAUUUACCCACUGGAGGUCACGACGGAGGGGCCUGUUAACUGCACCACCCACAACAUAGUCAACCCCUUGAACCUCAAGCUCCAGCAGUCUUCUACCGAGCAGACUCCUUUGCGAGACGCGGCACGGGAACACCACAUCGAGAAGAGGGAAACGCACAAGGGCGAGCUGUCUCAGCUGACCAAUCUGUCUUGCUCCAGUGUGGAUUGCUGGACUCUUACGUGUAACGUUGGCCUGUUGGAGCGAGGGACGAGUGCCAUACUGCAUGUUCGCUCGCGAAUCUGGGCAGAAACAUUUAUGGAGAAUACUUAUAAAAGCUUUAUUCUGGAGUGCCUUGCUAGUUACAAAGUGGAAAAGAUGCCAUAUGCCAUUUUGCCCAAGGUGACUCCUAGCGGUGCUAAAAAGUUGGUGACUCCUGUGGUCUGGAAUAAGCCAGACAGCACAUACGCUGUUCCUCUGUGGAUCAUCAUUCUGGCUAUUCUCGCCGGCCUUCUGCUGCUCGCACUGCUGAUCUAUGUCCUCUACAAGCUCGGCUUCUUCAAGAGAACUCCAUACGGCACCGCCAUGGAAAAAGCCCAGCUCAAACCUCAGGCUGCAUCCGAGGCCUAAACUACCCAAGAGCAUGCGGAGAACUCGUCCCAAAGAAUGUUCUUAACCAGAUCAUCCAAAGAGAAGGUUACUUGCUGUUUAACAAAGACAAAGACUAGACUGCAGUAGAGGAAUGCGGAGGAAAGAUCACUGGAUCUUCACUGUACUGCACUAGAUGACGAGACCCUGAGGACUUAAAGCCAAAUGAAUGUUGACAUAGUUUAUUUUAUCUUAUUGAAUUUCCUUGAUGUGGGUUUCCAUUUUUAACCACCACUCAUAGCCAACCACUUACAAACAGUUUGUGUUGAUCUUAAACCAAAGCUCAGGUUCACUUGCCUUGCCCGGCAGCAAAUGCUCAAGACAGACACAACCUGCACUAACAUUAAGAGUAUGUUUCAAUUUAUAACAGUUUUUUCAUUUUUAGAGUGUUAUUUCACUAAACACACACACGUUUAAACCCCCCCAAAAAGGUCUAUGCAGUAUUUCACAAUCAACCAAAGAUACUAAUACAGGUUUUGUUCAUUUAUUGUGUUUCGAAAGUGAACCUUCAUCUCCAUUUACCUGCUGUCUUUUAUUUCUUCUUCUUUUUUUAUGAAGACAUUUGAAAUGUUUUUAUGUUUUGUCAUGUGAUUUCUAUUGGAAUGGGUUUUCACUUCGAAUGAGAUGUUUUCAGCUCAGUCACCUCUGUAUCUUCAAAAGAAAACAAGCCAAGCUGGUUUCACUCUCAGGUGAUGGGGAUCGAGUGACGCGUUUCCGCAGAAAAUAUCAUCGGGAUCCAUCGCGGGAAGGCGUCCGUUCUUCCCUACUGAAUGUCAGCCGUUUCUGUCCUGUUAUCUCGGUGGUAGCGAGUGGCAACGUCGCCUUUUAAAAGUCAUCUGGGACACAACUGGAGCCUGUGAAACCUCACCAAUGCCUUGAAGCAGAGCUGUGCUUUGCCAUUACUCUAACAGACUCUUGGGCCAAAGAGCGGAAGGGUCGUCCCUCCAAACUUCUGUGGGUGAAGGGAGAACCACUGUGGACUUGAACGGAGAUUUUCCACAAAAUGUUGGUGCAAAAUGAACUGAAAGCAAACCUCUUCCAAGGCAGCAGGCCUCAUCCAGGGACUGAAUGUUGAAAUACACCUGUAUACUUUUUUCGUUUUGUCCGUUUUGUGUGCGUAUGGAUGUGAGAGAUUGUUGUGGAGUGCUAAAGUCAGAGUGGAAACGCCUCCGUACAUCAUGGUGCUGAAGUGGCGGAAUCGGACAGGAAGUAAAUGCAAUCACCCAUCGUGAAUCUCCUGUUUCAGCGAGUCGCCUAGAAAGGGAAAGCAGCUGGAACUGUGGGAUGCGUAGGAAAAUCUGUAUGGAAGUGCAAUAUUGUUGUAUUUUUUUUUUUUUUCCCAAGUUCAUUUUAAAUUGUUUUGUCGUGUAUGUUAAUACUAUAUUUUAGUAAGGUUCUCAGAAAUAAGGAUUAUUUGAAGACAACACCCAGUUCGAGGGUUGAAAUUAUCCCAGAUGUUUAGAAAACAGUGUAAUGUAGUCUAAAAAUACAGAAACAUGACUUAAUUGCCAAAAAGGUCUAGAUUUUAUUGGUAGAAUGUGAAAAUUUGAACUGCAUUUAUUGUAUAUGCAGGUUUUUGCAACCAAAUAUGGUUGUUUGAAUUGGUACACAACCAAAAACUGUCAGACACCACUUGAAUCUCUUUUGUACAUUUUUUUUUUAACAAAUUAUUUAUUCCUCCAAAAGUUAGAUUUUAGCCUCGUGAUUUUUGUAUUUUAGGCGGGAGGAAACACUGGGUAUGUCUUCAUUUUUUUUGUUUCUAUUUUUAAAAACUGCCCCAAACCUUGUUUGUGUUUUUUUUUUUUUGAGUUGUAAAUAUGUUUGGUGAGGAGAUUAUUUUAAUUUUCAGCUGAUACUGAUUUGACGUAUUUCAUCGCCCCAUAUUGGGGAGAAUCAGAGGGAUGUUCAAGUAAUUAUUUGUAUUUACAGUUUGCAUUUUAAAUAAAUCUUUCAUUUUUUUUUUAGUUUUUUUUUUUAACAACUUCUUACUGAUUUUUUUUUUUUUUUUUUUUAGAUGAUUUGGCAAUAAUUUGUAUGUGGGUUUUGAUAGUGCAUAAACGCACAAUAUA